AUGGAAGCCAAUUCUACGUCAACUUCCUCGAGACGGAGACGAUUCAGGCCCAGAGAUCAAAGCAGCAAUCUUCAAGAAGAACUCAUGAUCAUAGCCAAUCCGGUAAAUAAUACUAAUGAAGACUCACUACUGGAAGGAGGCAUAAGCAAUAAAGCAAAUGAAGACACCAUUGAUGACUCUUAUUCCUCUGUUUCCAGUCAUUUCGAGGAUGAACCCGAGUUGGAAUCCAUGACUGCUAAGGGGAUUCAGAAUCUAUGUUCAGAACUGCUCGAGUUGAAAGAUGAAUCCGCUGAAGAUUUCAAGAUGAGCAUAUGUUCUAAUUAUUCAGUCUUUCUUGGAAUAUUUGGACAGAUGCGAGGCCUGGAAAGCGAGUUGAUGCAGCUGAAAUCGCAGGCUUCGACACAGAAGCGGGUGAUUCAAGAGCUUGCAAGGACUGUUCCUUUGACGGUUUUGUCUGAGGAGAUUAUGGAAACGGUAUUUGAGGAAUCUUGUGAUGAUCGCCCGGAUUCAAGCAAUUUGGAAGCUCACACUGAUGAUGUUUUAGAAAUCCUGGAUUUACUAAUUUCAGAGAAUAGAUUGGAUGAAGCUCUUUCUGUAUUGGAGAUGGAAGACAGGGCUUUGGAGAGUAUGAGAUUCAGGGAAAGCUUCUCUGUGGAAGAAAUGAAGGCUUACGAUUCUGCAAUUGCACAGAAAAGGGCUUUGCUUGCAGAUCACUUAACACAAUUGGCUAAAAAUCCCAGAGUUUCAGCGCCGGAAUUGCAGCAAGCAUUGAUUGGACUUUGCAAGCUUGGUAAUGCUCAUCUUGCAUUGCACCUGCUUCUUGAUUACUACAGUGCACGCAUUGCGAAAAGGAUGCAAGAUUUCAAUUCCUCAAUAGCAUUUCAGAAUGGACUGACCACUCGAGAAGUUGCAAAAUACGUGUUCUCCAUGAUCUCUCAAGCGGCGAGAUGUUUUCUAGGGUUACACGGAGAAGGUACUAUAUACGCUCCGGAGCUAGUUCAAUGGAGCGAGGCAAAAACUGAAGUUUUCGCUGCUAUACUGACAAAAUAUGUCGAGUCCACAUCAGAGAUAAGUGGAGGACUGUCUGCCGUGGUAGACGCGUUUCAGUGUGCAUUGUCAUACUGUUCCUUGUUAGAGGAUCAAAAGCUAUUCCUGAGGUCAUCUUUGAUGAAUCACAUUAGCCCUUGUAUUGAACAGAUUCUACACAGACAAGUCGAUCAUUACAAAAAAGUGAUAUGUAUUUUCACCUCAACGGAUACUUGGAUUAUCGGAAGAUAUCUUGUAUCAGGUGUCUUAAGCAAAGCAACCCCGCGUCUGGAUGUGCAUGAGAAACCAGAAUACUGCUUGCUCACUAACAGCGGAAGAAAAUUUUUAACCUUGUUUCAGGAUAUUCUAGAUGAUUGCUCUCCCUUAGUUGCUCUUCAGCUAGAAGUUGUUCUUCUCAAAGAACUGAAGGAACUCUUUGAGGAAUAUAUUACUAUUCUUGAAGCAGCUCUAACUUCUGAUGAGAGUCCGAUAGAGCUAACUGGAUCAAGGAUUCACCCAGCUGACUCUCUGAUACAAGGAGUUUCUGUUAUAGCUAAUUUAUCCACUAUAAUGGAAUUAUUCUCCAAUGUCAUCAGAAGUGUGUUUGGAAACAUUGACCACUUAAAGUUUGAGAUUGACAGUUACUUACAGUUCAACCAAGAAACACAUGCUCGAUUCAAAGCACAAUUUAUCCAGAAAUUUAUACAAAAACUAUUCUCUUGCGAAUCAGACAAAAUACAUCUUACUGAGAGCUGCAUCAGUCUGCAGAGUGAUUCUGAUGGUUGGAAUCUAGGUCCUUCCAUGCCUUACCAGGCAUUUUAUCUGGAGCUGAGAAAAUUAAAGAAGUUUGCUGAAGGUAGUUACAUUGAAGUUAAUUGGUUAGAGGAUCUACUCAGGGAGCUGAUAGAGGAGAUAUUUGUCUGGAUUUCAAACGAAGGAGGAUCUUUUUCGGCCACUGAAGCACUUUUUGAGGAACAAAACUGCAGUCGCUUGAUGCAGUUCAUCCUAGAUAUCCAGUUCCUGGAGGAAAUUGCCAGAAAUGGUGGAUCUAUAUCAGAUAAUAUGAUAAACACAUCCACAAAUAUUUUAGCUCAAAUAGAAUCCAGCCUUCCUUCUGCACAGUUCAGCCUUGACAGAUAUGCUACGGGUCGAAGGUUGGCCAAGGAUGCUGCUAUACUGGCUAUUCAAAAGCUGGAAGAAUUUGAUGAAAAAGAAUCAACCACUCUUGAAAUUGCAGACAAUUUCAAAUAUGACACGAAAGAGAGCGAAUCUACAAAUGCUUCGGAUAUGUGUGAAGAUGAUCAAGACAACGAGACACAUUCGAAACAUUCUUCUGAGUCACCAAAGAAGGACUUGCCAGUCUCAGAUACCCCUGCAGAAGGAGACACCUCUGAUGAAUGUUGUUUCGUUGAUUGCUUUGAGGCCAUGAAAGAAAGUUCGAGUACUGAAGUCAGCGGAGAUGAAACUAACUUCGAGAAAGCAACUAUCAAUAGUCUGCAUGAGAUGCUUCUUGCUGAAAACUUUGUGGAAGAACCUCCAGAGGACCCGAUCAGCAAUUCUUGCGAAAAUACCACUCAGGACGGCCAAAAUUUAAGCAGUUUCUAA